UGUUUUUUUUUCUUCUACCUGAUUUGUAUGAAGAUUGCAGAGAUGGAGAAACAAAUUGAAGAUCUAAAGCAACAACUAGAAAAACAAUGUUUAAUCAAUAAAGAGCUGCAAAGACAAAACAAAGACUUAGAAAAACGUCUUAAAGAGAAAGAGAAACUCCUGCAGCAACUACAAAGCCAUGAUUCAGUUGAUUCAGAGUUUCCAGGACAGAGUGGGAAUGAGGUGCAAGAGUUUAGAAAAAGCCGAGCUGCAGUUAUAGCUCCUGAACCCAUCCCAGAGACUUUGGAAAUCUCACGCACCAGAGUGAAGAAAAACGCCACGGAAACCAGUCUGAUCGUCAAAGCCAUACAGAAGAAUGACUUUCUGAAGAGACUGGAUGAGGAGCAGACAGCCAUGAUGGUGGAGCUACUGGUGCUCUUAAAGUUCAACCCCGGAGACGAGGUCAUCAGAGAGGGCUCUGAGGGGGACAGCAUGUACAUUGUGGCAGCUGGUGAUUUACAGGUGACCCAGGCUGGACAGGACCUUCGCACUCUGAUCACUGGAGAUGUUUUUGGGGAGUUAGCAAUCCUUUACAACUGUAAAAGGACAGCCACAGUCAAAGCAAAGACAGCCGUGCGUUUGUGGUGCAUGGAGAGGCAGACCUACAGGACCAUCAUCACCAAUAAGUCCAAAAAGAAACGGGAGCAGCUCAUGAGUUUCCUGAAGACAGCUCGCACUUUGAAGGACCUAAAUGAUGUCCAGUUAUCCAAAAUUAUUGAUUCAAUGGAGGAAAUGAAGUACCAAGACAAAGACAUAAUAGUACGAGAGGGUGCUGAGGGAAAUGCCUUCUACAUCAUUCUUAAAGGCGAGGUGCUUGUGACGAAGAACGUGAAUGGGCAUCAGAAGCAGAUCCGCAGAAUGGGAAAAGGGGAGCAUUUCGGAGAGCAGGCCCUUAUACGUGAGGUUUUGAGAACUGCCACAUGCACUGCCGAUGGCCCUGUCACCUGCUUCUCCAUCGAUAAGGAGGUGUUUGAAGAGACUAUUCCAAUUGAACAACUGGAACUUUUUGAUGACUCCAAAGUCAUGCAACAGGACACAGAAGUCCCAGAAAAAUCCAGUCCCAGCUCUACAUUGAGAUUCAAGGAUCUCGUUCCAGUGUUGUACCAGGAGGGUCGUUACCAGGGCGACCCGGUGACUCUGGGGGUCGGAGGAUUUGGACGUGUUCAGCUUAUGACCACAGUGAAUCAUGGAAAAUACUAUGCCAUGAAACGGGUCAGUAAGAAGCAGAUAGUUGCUAAGAGACAAGAGGAGCACAUGUUGUUUGAGAAAAAGAUCCUAAAGGCUAUCCAGUGUGACUUCAUUGUCAGACUUCAUGCAGCUUUCAAAGACACAAGAUACAUAUACAUGGUGAUGGAGUUUUGUGGAGGCGGGGAGGUGUGGACCAAGCUGAAAGAAGUAGGACGUUUUGAUGAGUCCAUCUCUAUCUUCUGCACGGCAUGUGUGGUGGAGGCCUACGCAUACCUCCAUAAGAAGAACAUCAUGUACCGAGACCUAAAGCCAGAGAACCUAAUGUUGGACAUCAAAGGCUAUGUUAAACUGGUAGACUUUGGUUUUGCUAAGGAGUUGAAUCGUGGAGACAAGACAUAUUCCUUUGUAGGCACUCCUGAAUACAUGGCACCAGAAAUUAUUCGAAACCAGGGACAUGACUUUGCUGUAGAUUUUUGGUCUCUGGGAAUAUUGAUUUUUGAGCUUCUAGCAGGAAGCCCUCCCUUUUCGAGUUCAGAACCUCAGAAGAUUUAUGCCAAGAUUCUCGAUGGGGUGUUCAAGUAUCCUCCUUAUUUAAGUGAAGCAGCCAAGUCCAUUAUCAGUAAGCUGUGCAGGCCGCGACCAGGUCAGAGGUUAGGAAACACCAAGAAUGGAAUCAAAGAUGUCCGACAUCACAGAUGGUUCAGCAGCAUGAACUGGCACAAGCUGCGCGUGGGACAGCUCGAGGCUCCCACGGUCCGACUCGUACGUAAGGGCCCCUGCUACAUCAACUUUGAUCGUUUUCCACAUGACCAAACAAAAGCUGAUGAGGAGUUUUCGGGAUGGGACAAGGACUUCUAAUCUUUUCAUUUCAACAACAGCUGGACUUGACAGAUUUUUACUUUUUACCCAGUUAGAUUCCCCCAAAUGCGAAGUAUCCCAAUGACCCAUUGCCAGUAUAAGAUGAACGCAAAUACACAUUUAUAAUAAUGCUUUUUAUUACCAACUGUUGGCUACUAUUGGCAACUACAAGGCUCAUACGGUUGACUGCAUACAGGCUUGCUUAUUGGACAGGCCACCACAUGUCUACCUGGAGAUCUUGCUUUGCAUGGAAUGUUCCAAAGUAUGGCAUUAAAGUGUUGCCACCAGGCCAAGUUACAAGUUAGGUCACUUCCAUCAAGAAUGCAUGUUUUUAAAGGUAUUUUUGGACAAUACAAAUUUGAAUAAAUGACUGACUGACAUACAUACAUACAUACAUACAUACAUACAUACAUACAUACAUACAUACAUACAUACAUACAUACAUACAUACAUACACACACACACACACACACACACACACACACACACACACACACACAUACAUACAUACAUACAUACAUACAUACAUACAUACAUACAUACAUACAUACAUACAUACAUACAUACAUACAUACACACACACACACACACACACACACACACACAUACAUACAUACAUACAUACAUACAUACAUACAUACAUACAUACAUACAUACCUCAGAACAUUCCAGGCAAAGCAAUAUAAUCUCUGUGAACACAAAACUCCACACCAAAAAUAAGUUGCUGACAGAUACUAAAAAAAUUCUGUUACCUAGUGAUCUAGGCCCUGUGUAUUGGCUUUUUUUUUAACUGGAAGUAUCAAAAUGACUACUCUGAACAUAUCUGACUAAACUGACUGUCCUGCAGCAGUUGCUUCCUGUUCACGCCUCUGUCUUCCCUCAUGAGGCUGGUUUUCCACAUCAGAAAACCUCCACAUGAAAGCACGCGGGGCAUCAAAGAAGAGAAGACACAGAUGUUUCCCUCCCGUACAAAACUACUACACCAGCAAGUGCAUUCAGAGCACCCAACGUGAACUGUAUCUCAGAAGAUGAACUGAAUGAACUGCAGAAAAGUUUCCAAAUGGGCUGCCUGUACAAUCAAAAUACAUUCUUCAUUUUUCUCACUGAAAUCUGCACAAAAUUCAGCUGUAGAUGGCUUGAUGAAUAAUGUCCUUGAAUUAUUCAUGUUGAAAUCCUUUUGUAAAAGUUUAAAUUUACCACUGUGACAAGCAGACAAGAUAGAAAUAAUACAUUCUAUAUUAAUCUGAAAUAGGCUUUUGU